CCGCCAUGUUGGAAGAGAUCUAAGUUCUGAGUAGACUUUUGUUGAUUUCAUUUGGCGGUUGUUUCCUUCUUUCUUUGUUGCCCUUUGCAAAGGUGCAAACAUGAGUGCCGAAGAAGAAGUAACGCGGAUUGGAAAGAAAUUGGAAAAGAUGAUUGACAAAAAAGAAUGUGAUCAUGCAUCAGCUGUUGAUAUCCUCAAAGUAUUAAAAGAACAACGAAUGAGACUAGAAGUAUUACAGAAAACCAGAAUAGGAAUGAUAGUAAACAAUUUUCGAAAAGCUAGUACCAAUGAUGAAGUCAUAACCUUGUCAAAAAGUUUGAUCAAGAGUUGGAAAAAGUUGCUGCCAGCUGACCAGUCCACUGCCAAAAAUAGCAGCUCCAAACCUUCAACAGAUGGAUCUGGAGAUCAUGCAGAAAAAGCCAACUCUGAGAAAAGUAGCACAAGUGAACCUUCCACACCUACUGCUGCCCCUAAACAAACUUCUUUUCCGUUGAAAGCUGCAGACACAACUGAUUCUGUUAGAUUGAAAUGCAGAGAACUUCUCCUGAAUGCUCUCAAAGUGGAAGAUCCUCCAGAAGGUGCUGGUGAUCCAGAUGAAAUUGCUGUGGCAAUUGAGGAUUGUAUAUUUGCCGAGUUUGGUAACACAGAAAUGAAAUACAAAUCAAGAGUGCGAAGUAGGAUUGCUAAUCUCAAGGACAAAAAGAAUCCACAGUUAAGGGAAAAUGUUUUAUGUGGAUACAUACUGCCAGAAAAAAUGGCAAAAAUGACUGCAGAGGAAAUGGCCAGUGAAGACAUGAAAAAACUUAGAGCCAAGCUUACUAAAGAAGCCAUCAAUGACCAUCAGAUGGCAACCACAAGUGGAACAAAAACAGAUUUGCUAAAAUGUGGUCGGUGUCUAAAAAGGAACUGCACUUAUAACCAGGUACAAACUAGGAGUGCAGAUGAACCUAUGACAACUUUUGUAUUCUGCAAUGAAUGUGGUCACAGGUGGAAGUUCUGUUGAGUAAACAGAAGAAAUCUCUUAUGGUGCAAGCCGUAGAAUUAACUACCAACAUUACUCCAUGGAAAUCAUUGGCCAAAAAUGCAGAAACUCUGGAGCAGCAACUCUGUCUUUACAUCAGAUGAUAUUCAAGAAAAGAUCUUCAACUGUCAAGUGCAAAUGCUAUAGCCUUGUUUAUUAAACAGAUGGAAGUUUAAAACUUAUUUAGAAUUGCUUAUUGAGAGGAAACUACUUUAACCUAAUUGAAUAUUGUUGUUCAAAGAAGUUAUUCCACAAAUAAGAUACAUGUUACUAAGUAUAGUACAAAAAUAUAAUUAUCAUCAAUCAGAGUUUGCCAAUGAAAUUUCAAAAGUCCAAGUCUGAUGGUAAUCAAAGUGGAGUUCUGCUAAACUAAGGUACUGCACAAAUGUUUCAGUUUGAUGGGUCGGAAAAAAAAUAAUUUUAGAUGUAUGACUCAAACUUGGUAUGUCGCAACUUGUUUUAUUCCUGAUUAAGAAAAUGGUAUGUCAUGGAUAAAAUUGCUAUUGUACUUCAGUUUAAGGAAAUCUCAGAGUAAAACAUUUUGGUGCUUUGGGACAGUUUCACCUCUAAGAUACAGACCAAAAUCUCUUCUUUAGAUUUAACCUUAAAUGCAGAUCAGGAGUGCUUUUUGCAAAAAUGUGGCCAAUUUGUCAAGUAUUUUCAUAUUUAAAGAGUUAAAAAGGUGUAAGAGUUUUAAAAUUAGACAUACAUAUAAAAAAUGAUGAAUAUUCUCAGCACUGAUUUAAUCUUAAUUUUGGUUUAGGUAAGUCCAGUCAACAUGUGAAACUGGCCUUAAUGUUUUAUAGAUUAUAAAAGCGUCAGUGAAAGGAAAAGCAAGUUGCUGCAUCUCUGUGUGAAGCCCCUUUUUUUCACCAGUGUAGUUAUGUAAACACGUGAAAGAAGAUUAGUUGUAUAAAUACAUAUUUGUAUAGUUUUAUAAAUAAAUGAUUGAUCUAGAAGAUUUUUUUAAUUCGUUUCAUGACAAAUUAUAACCAUGGUGUGUUAAGAUUCAAGUGUAUCCUGAGCCCCCAUUUCUCCAAGUGACAUUCGCUUUCAGUAGAUCUGCACUGCAAAAGCUUUGGUAAAGGAUCAGUAAAGGGUUAUAAAGUAGUCUUACCCUUUAAGAUCUAAUUUGAGAAGAGAAAUGGUAUAAAUGAAGAUGAGUAAUAUUUUCCAUUCCAAUUUGUAAUUGCAAAGAUGAAUGGUACUGCACUUUUUUUUCUGUGAUUGUGCCCACGAGGCCCUUUACGUCUGAUGACAAAUUCUGAUUGUGACAUGGAAAUUCCAAGAAAAGUGUUCAAUAUGCUUUGAUAUCACCAAAUGAACAUAUGCUGCCAAUCAUGUUAAUUGAAUAAAAGAUAAUCAAACA